AUGGCUUCCAGUCAGAAACCGGAUCUGGUGAUGAGCAACCUCCAUGCAACCCCCCCGUUUGGUGACGCUUCCCUUACAACGGAUAUCCCCGCCAUCCUGUCCGGCGCUGCGGUCCCCUUGAUGGACACGAAUGCCCCUCCCUCCAAGAAGCUUUGCGGUGCUGGCCCCUCUGCCGCCAACCCCGCCGCUGAUGUGAACCUCGAACAAGUGUCUAGUGAGGCUAAUCCUGCGCACUCCGAGGCGCCUGUUGGCCGUUUCAUGCACCUCCGUCGCAACCCGGACUCAAUCGGCGAAACCGUUGUUUCAAUGGACCGGGAUCUCCUCACACUCGUGACUGUCAUCUUCCCUGAGUCCCUCGCUGAUGACCAUCGCUACAAAAUAGUGGCACGGGUGAAGGCUACCCUUCGCAACAACCAGUAUAAUUCCGGCAAGAGGCCGACGCGUGACGACGCUCGCUGCUUCCGCAAAGCUCUCCCCAUCGCCUACCGCCUGCAGGACAGCUCAUACAUUGACAUUAAGCUGUAUGUUGACCCCGAACCUUAG